UAGUGAACUAACAGUAAAAAUAUUUUUCAUUAGUUAAAUCAUAAUAUAUUUUUACCGAUAUUAUUAGUCCUCCUAUCAGUGGCCACUCACUCACCCGCCGACCGAUUGACCGACUCGUUUCCACUCGCGAUUGACGCGCGACUCUUCCGUUUGGUUGGUUUCUCUCGUAUUGUUGUCCAUCGAUCAGCUGAUCGCUUACCCGCCGAUUAGUGGCCACCACUACUACCGCCAACAACGAUAAUGUCGUCGCCAACAUUGGUGAUGAUGAUGGAGCCGAUCAUUGAUCUACAGGAAUGUCUCAUCGAUUCGCCAAAGUUUCGCCAAACACUUGAACAACAAGAAUCAGAUUUACUUGAUUUCGAGUCCCGAUUGGACAAAGUGGUCAAACUGUGUACGGCAAUGGUCGAUAUGGGCAAAUCGUUUACCCGUACAAAGACCAACUUCAUUAAUGGUGUCUGGGAUUUGCUAUUGUACUUCAAGGAUGAUCCGCCAGUAAUGGACAGCCUAAACAAGAUUGUCCAUACAAUGUCCGAACUGCUCAAAUACGAUACCAUACUUGUCGAUCAGGCCAACCGUGCAGUGACCAAAAAUAUGGCCAAUUUUCUACGCGACGAAGUCUACAAAGUCAAAGAUACGAAAAGACAUUUCGAUAAAAUCAGCGACGAAUACGAUAGUGUACUCAACAGACAUUCGCAGAUCUCACGAAACAAACCGAUUGAUUGCGAAGAAUCGGACAACUUGUUGACGGCCACCCGAUCCUGUUUCCAGCACUUGACUCUUGACUAUGUCAGCCAAUUGUCUGUUUUGAAGAACAAACGCCGUCACGAAGUGGUCGACUCGUUGUUAAGUUUGAUGCACGCGUACGGCACGUACUAUCAUCAGGGAUCGGAUCUAUUUCAAGACUUUGAUCCAUUCAAGAAAGACACGGCCAGUCAAACUAACAGCCAAUCAGUUGUUGUGGAUAUGGAGGACAAUAACAAAUUGUUUUCUUAUUUCAAUAUCCUAUUAAAGAUAAUAGAUAUGCGGAACAGUACUAAUAUUCUGGAGAAGCAGCUCGAGUCGAGGCACACAAUGGUGUCAUCGAAACAGCCGAUACCCAAACUAAUCAAAUCGGAUAAAAUACGACUCGAAGGUUAUCUAUUCAAGCGUACGUCCAAUGCAUUCAAGACAUGGAACCGUCGCUGGUUUAUCAUUCAAGACCAUCAAUUGGUUUACCAGAAGAGAUCGCACGAUAAGGAGCUAACGAUUAUGGAGGAAGACUUGCGACUCUGUACAGCAAAACACGUCCAGUUUAUGGAAAGACGGUUCUGUUUUGAAGUACUGUCGCCGUCGAAGAGUCAUAUACUUCAGGCCGACUCGGAAGAGGCCUGUCAACAAUGGAUCAGUGCUAUGCAGGCCGGUAUCGAUGCUGCCUAUAAUAAUAACGACAACCAUAACGAUGGCCAGAGUCUGGAUUCGCAGGACUCGUGGUGUACGGCAUCCAGUAAUUCGAGUGCUAGCAAACAGUCGUCGCAUAGUAUUAGUAACUUAUCUACCGCUGCCGCCGGCGUUGUUAUCGGUGUGGCGGCAAAUCCUCAAUUAGUGAAUCCACCGGCCAAACCUCCACGUAUGUCCUAUACUCAGAUAUUGGUUAUACCGGGCAACGAAUUGUGUUGCGACUGUGGUGCAGCUGAUCCCAAAUGGGCCAGCAUUAACAUCGGUAUCACACUGUGUAUCGAGUGCUCCGGUAUUCAUCGCAGUCUGGGCGUCCACUUGAGUAAAGUUAGAUCAUUAAAUUUGGACGCCUGGGACGUGGAACUGAUCAAAGUGAUGUCCACAUUGGGCAAUACACUUAUCAAUUCGAUAUACGAGGCAAAAGUGGACGAAACGGUUGCCCAGAGGGCCAAACCUGACAGUAGUCGCGGUCAACGAGAACUGUGGAUCAAAGCCAAGUAUGUGAAGAAGGCGUUUGUCGACAAAUCGGACGCCCAGUUAAUGUUGUCCAAAGCUAGUGAAGAAACCAAAACUGAGGCCUUAACGGACAGUAGUGCAACAGAUAGUGACAAAUGUGAUAAUGAACUCAAAGUUAGUAGUAGUGGUUGUAAUAAUCAACCGACAAAUGAUACAAACAAUAGUUGUUGUCAUAAUAGUACCGAUAGUAGUAGUAGUAGUGAUGGAACUAAUAAAGUUGUGGAUGAAUGUCCCACAAGUAGUAGUACUGUGGAACCGGUGCCUAAAACUGUUGACAACGAAAGUGAUUCAGAAGACGAAGACUCGGAGGAGACUCAGCUGAUUAUCAAUAGUUGUGAUAAUACUUCUAAGGAAAACAAUAAUAUCAACAAUAAAAGUGAUCACAAAGUGGUUGGCAACAACUCAUGUGAUAUAAAAGUCGUCAAAAUUGAUGAAAACAAAGAGAUUGUUGUUUCGCAACCAACUAAUAGUGAUGUCAAAGAUGUAAACUCUGUGGUGUUGUCGUCGUCGUCACAAAUGAUCGAUAAUACCUAUUAUAAUCAAAUGCUAUAUAACUCGGCCAUCAAUUGUGACCUGAAAACAAUGAGCACCGCACUGGCCAAAGGUGCGGUAAUCAACUGGCCUAACACUGAUGACCAGAAUCGGACACCUUUGCAUCAGGCAAUCAUGAGCGACGCGGUCACUGUUUGCGAAUACUUAUUGCUUAACGGCGCCAAAUCUAAUGUUACCGAUAAUAACGGCACUACACCGCUUCAUUUGGCCACUGAACGCGGCAAUACCGGUCAAGUGUGUCUACUACUGAAACGAGGCGCAGACCAGUCCUGUACCGACAAGAAUGGUAACAAUGCACUGAUGAUUGCCAUCAAUAAUGCUAACGCAGACAUCGUUACACUCUUAAGACUGGCCAAACUUAACGACGAAAUGAAAAAUGAUGAAGAAUUUGGUAAUAUUAGCGAUGAAACGUUCAACGAAGUGGUCCGCGAUUUCUCGCAAUUGGCCUCACAGUCGCCGGAAAAGUUACGCCGAAAUAAUAAUCAUAAUAAUAAUAAUAACAACAAUAAUAACAGUGAAAGUGAUAUUAAAAUUAAGUCACAAAAUACUACUGUCUCUUGA